CGUAACUACUGUGUUUAGUUCUUUAAUCUUCUUUUCCCUGAUAAUAUAUUCAACAGAUAACUAAAGAUAAGAGGAUACUAUGUUGGUGUUGUUAGCGUGCUGCCUGCUAGCAGGUAUUGUUACUGCUGAGGAAGGCAAGAAAUGCUACGGGAGGUACAACUACGCAGCGAGCAGCGUCUCACCGCGCCACUACUACUCCUGCGACGGAAUGGGGACCUUAGCCAAGCUGAUGCAGUGCGAUGAGCACCAGAUAUACGACAGGAGGUCAGGACUCUGUGUUGCUGGUGAGGAGACCUCGGAUGGUAGACUUGUUAAACGGGCUGAAGCUAACGAGGAACUCAAGGUCACUGAGAGGGAAGCUCUUGGAGAGACUGUCGUUGUCGGUACUUUCUACGACGCCAGAAAGUCGCUCGUACAGAAUGGAGCAUCUUUCUGGACAAAAGAUACCCUUAAAAAGGAAGUCAAUGUGAUGGACACGAUAUACUCGAACGUGGAUGUGUACAUGGAGAACAACAUCAACGAGAGAUCGUACGCACUGAACGUGGACGCCUCUUUAAAGUUAGAGUUCCUGGGGGGACUCAUCAGCGUGGGAGGCAGUGCACAUUACCUUAGAGAUGAGACAUCCUCUUCUGACGUUGCCAGGGUUACCAUGAACUACAAAUCUACAAAGAUGACUCAUAUUCUACCCAUUAAGACCCCAAAGGACCAUUUGGAUCAAUGUGGUAAGAUUGACAGUAACAACGGGCCAACACACGUGAUAACUUCUGUUACCUACGGGUUGAGAGCCUACCUGCUGUUUGAGAAGGACGUUCAGAAGACGGAGUACAAGGAAGAAGUAGGAGGAAGUCUAUCUAUCGCAGUAAACACUGUUCCCAGUUUCUCUAUUGAGGGACAAGCUGCUGUAGAUGUUAACGGUAAGUCACUCGUCAACCAGGAGAACCUAAGAGUGAAGUUCUACGGGGAUGUUAUCAUAGACACCAUGCCUGCCACCUAUAACCAGACGGUGUUUGUGUUCGACGCGGUUAACAAGGCCGCUAAGGAUGAGGUCACCCCUAUUAAAUACCAACUCACUCCCAUUAAAUUCUUUUGUGAUGGAACUGAUGCUCUUAUCAUCGAGAUUAACGAGUAUCUGACAAACAAAGUCACGGAGAUUCUCACUGAGCUCUCUGAUUUGAAGAAGAGAGUUAAGACACUGCUCGGCAGAGAUCCUUCAAUCAGGUUCUCCUCAAUUAAAGGCCAACUCCUGACCUUCCAAGCCGGACUAGCAGCAUUCACACUCGAAAUGACCGCAGAAGUAGCCAGCCUUCUUCCAGCACUCAAAACUGGGGAAGCAGAUGAAAGCGAAUUGGAAGCCCUGUUAGGACACUACAUUGAAAGUAAGUGGAACAAAGACAAAGCAGAGGUAUUCCUGGACCGGAGAGCCCGUGAGAUCAGGACAAUAGAGCUGGUAACAGAGGAAGCGAACCAGCUCUCGGAGGUCUCACUGUCUGACAUUGGUGCUGCCACAGACAACAAGUGCAUCUUCAACCACAAGUACGCUACUGUAUACCAGCUUUACGUGCUGCCGGAACAGAACGUGGCUGAUCUCUACAGAAAGGGGCAGUACAGCGGGGACACUGAGAGCGGGAACUGGUACAAUGAUCUGAGGAGGGUAGGACAGGCUGGAUAUAAUCUCAAGAAGUUCCUGGCCCAUGCUAAACUCAACGCAGGCAGUGAUCAUUGCUUCCUCAUCCGUCUUGAUAACAUUGUGAACAAUGACAACGAGAAAGAUGCUGUUAUUAGAUUAUACAGAAACGGAAAGGUCCUAGAACAAGAUUUCGCACCACCAGCUGCACCUCCAGCAGCCGUCUGCGAGCGAAUCCUCUACUCAGGGUUUGAUCUGAUCAGUGCCCAGAACACUGAACCAACCUCUCAUGUCACUGCUAUCAAGAUAAGAGCAUCGUGGAAGAAGGAGAAAGAAGAACAGAAGGAGGGAGAAGAGAAGGAGUUUGAUUAUUAUCCUACUGAAACAGUUGCGGGAAACACUGAUAAAGUCAACAUUGGAAAUCUCAAACCUAACACAGAGUACGAGAUUGAGCUGUCGUACCGGGUCGGCAGAGAGAUAGGCUACAGUGCAGUUUCAGCUGUUGUUACCUGUAAAACUGGUGCUACAUCCGCUCCUGUACUUCCUCAAGUCACAGGUCACAACAGUAACAGUGUGACCCUGAAGUGGAGUGCCCCUCAACAGAAAGUGGUAUCUCUCUCUGAUAUCAAAUACGUUGUCACUGCCAGCAUCAACGGAGAAGCAAAGAGACAGGUGGAGACAUCCCUCCUUACAGCUACUCUGGACGAACUUGAACAAGGAACUUACUACGACUUUACUAUCCAGCCCUUCUACGAGGGGGUAGGAAGUGAGAGAGUAAAGCUAUCCUUCGCAACAAUCCCUUAUGCUCCGGAUGUACCUCUGCUAGAGAGCAAGACUACAAGUACCAUGCAACUUAUCGUCUACAUUGACAGGAUGAGGCUACCAGCCGGAAUGACGAAGGAUGCCCUGCUAGUGAGCUACUACAAGAUGGACUCUAACGGCAGUGACAAACUGUACGGUACUGACAAGACUGUCACUGUUGCUGUCUCCGGACAGAACUCACCUCAGGUCGUAUCCGUUGCUGGGCUGGACUCCGGGUCUAAGUACGGUGUUAGGUGUACUCUAAGGGUGAGAUGUGCAGGAAAGCUGUUUGAAACCGACCUCUCGGAAGCGAUCAUCGUAACCACAGACCUUCCCUCUGGUGACUUCUCUAACAUUGAAAAGGAAGUUACAGACUACACUGCUUCCACCAACUCUAAAAUCAUUGACCUGGGAACCAAGACCACCUCGGUGACCAAUACGGUGACCGCAUUCAGCAACUUGGUAAACGCAAAGAUCGGAACUUUGGACUCUAAGAUAAGUUUGGUGGAGGACAGGACUGAUCUCGUAAUGAGCGCUUCUGAGAAACUCAUCGCAGGACUAAGCAGGAACCACUGUGUGAAGAGAGGAGUAAGGUAUGAAGGAACACCGCUGGGUGGUGUUAUCAAGAACAUCAAGACAGAGUACGAUUGCUUGCGGAGGUGUAAGCUUGCUCAACCUUCUACUGGCAGCAUCACACUUACUAUAAAACCAAGUCCGGACGCGGGAGACUGCAAGUGUUUCAGAGAAAGAAGAGGUUAUCUGUUCGAUACCAACGGUUUCUACUCCAGUAUUAACCGUCUCUGUUGGGAUAUCGGGAAAGCAGAUAACGCUAAGUGGAACUCCUGUACGAAUCUCAACAAGAGCCACUCAGGAUCUACUAUAACCUCGCUACGUGGUAUUGGUAGUAUAAAGGAGUGUGCAAUGGCAUGUGCUAACAGAGAUGGGUGCAUGGCAGUUGAGUACAAGAGGAACAGUGGGGACUGUGUACUGAAGAACAGUGGUAGAUCAGCUGGAACUGUUAAUGAAACAGACAAUCUCACUCUCACCUGUCUUUAUUAGGUACGGACGUAAAGAAAACCUGUAAACUACCUGUUGAUAUCAAAACUGAUGUCAUGAGAAUUUUUUGAACAUUAAAACCAACCUUCAUUUUUUUGUUAAAUUUGCAUUACCGUAA